AUGAUCAAUGAGAUUCCCCUGUACCACAGGUAUCCUUUGGAGGUGACGCUACAUGCGACAUGUCUAACGUCGAUGGCGAUGACGAUAGACCGCUACUGCGCAAUCGUGUACGCCAUCAAGUCUCGCAACUGGCGCACCACGACAGCCUCAAUGGUCGUCUGCAUGAUUGUCUGGCUAGUAUCGAUCAUCAUCUCACUGCCGUUCGCCAUCUACUUCCGGACAACUGUCCAAAUAGGAGGCCAUAUUUACUGCGAGGAUAUAUGGCCGGAGCCGAAGCAGGUGUACGGCAAGGCGUCCAUUACACUCGUGGUGCUCGCUACAUACGUUGUGCCCCUAACGGUUAUCAUAUACUGCUACGCUAAGAUACUGCAAACGCUUUGGAGAAACAAGAUGGCGCAUGGGACGCAGUCAAAUGGGAUCACGUCCAGAAAGACAAAACAACAAGACAAGAGGCGAAAACGCGUCACCAAGCUGGUGGCGUCUGUCGUUAUCGUGUUUGCUGUCUCCUGGCUUCAUAUCCUCAUUUUUAACAUCUGGUUUAAGCACGACCCUAUUUUUCCGAGAACACCGACCAUGUACGUCAUGAAGAUCGUUUCUCACACAUUAUCGUACUCUAACUCGCGCGUGAGUCCGUUUGUAUACGCCUUCCUUAGCGACGGGUCUCGUAAGGCUUUCCGCAAGACUUUCCCGUCCAUUGAAAAUCGAUACCGGAUUUGCGGCGUUACAGUGGGUUUAGUCGAUAGGACUGAGCACAUCUCAAAGUCUACAAUGACAACCUUUUUAAACAAUCACCAAGAGGAGAGAAAGCUGAUGCAGACGGACUUAUGA